GGAAAAACCUUAGCGUGAUAUACUUUUUAAUGCUGUUUACCCAAGGAUUGCCGUAUUGUGCAGGGGUGAGGAUGGAAUCUGAGUUGGUUUAGUCAAGGCCUUAUCUGCAUUGUAUAAUCAUAACAUGACACAUAAUUAUUGUAGGUGGCUGGGACUUUCAGGUGAGGGAGCGUCUCUCUCUGUCUCUUUUUCUCUCUCACUCUUCAGUCUUUCUGUAGCACAGCUGACUGCUGUAGGCAUUGAUUUCCCAUUUGUGGUGCCUUAUGCUCCCCUUUCCAGGGUGUAAUGACCAGGGUGAUUGACAGCUGGGACUGUUUGGUUUGACCUGUUGCUGUUGACAGAUAAUAAUGAAGCUCUAUGAAACUAUAAUGGACAUGGAUAUGCCAAACUACGCUGAGACAUUGGACUCUUCUUACACCAUGCUGGAAUUUGACACCAUUAGAGUUCUUCCAAGCAAUGCAGAAAUAAUUCAGUCAGAAUCAGCAAGUGGAUUAUUCAUCAAUGGUGUUAGCUCUUUGUGCGCUAUAUGUGGAGAUCGAGCAACUGGAAAGCAUUAUGGGGCUUCCAGCUGUGAUGGAUGCAAAGGUUUCUUCAGAAGAAGUGUACGCAAGAAUCACAUGUAUGCCUGCAGAUUCAGCAGACAAUGCAUAGUAGACAAAGACAAAAGAAACCAGUGUCGAUAUUGUCGCCUGAGGAAAUGUUUUCGUGCAGGAAUGAAAAAAGAAGCUGUUCAAAACGAGCGGGACAGGAUCAGCAUGCGAAGGAGCAGCUACGAGGACAAUGGGUCUCUGUCCAUCAGUGUUCUCACACAGGCUGAAGCAAUGGCACACCAGUACUCAUCACCAAGUCCUUCUCAUAGCACUGACAUCUCCAUGAAGAAAGUUGCAACUAUCAAUGAUGUUUGUGAGUCCAUGAAACAACAACUUCUACUCCUGGUGGAAUGGGCAAAAUAUAUCCCAGCCUUCUGUGAGCUACCCUUAGAUGAUCAGGUGGCAUUACUGAGGGCACAUGCUGGAGCACAUCUCCUUCUAGGAGUGGCUAAAAGAUCACUUCCAUACAAAGAUUUCCUGUUGCUUGGCAAUGAUUUUAUCAUUCCAAUGCAUUGCCCAGAGCUGGAGAUCGCUCGUGUUGCUACACGGAUUCUGGAUGAGUUGGUGAAACCUCUAAGAGAAAUUGAGAUUGAUGAAAAUGAAUAUGCCUGUCUUAAAGCAAUUCUAUUCUUUGAUCCUGAUUGUAAAGGUUUGAGUGAUCCUGCCAAGGUGAAAAACAUGAGGUUCCAGGUGCAAGUCAACCUAGAAGAUUACAUUAAUGAUCGUCAAUACGAUUCGAGAGGCAGGUUUAGCGACAUACUCCUCCUACUCCCGCCGCUACAGAGUAUUACAUGGCAGAUGAUUGAGCAGGUCCAGUUUGCAAAGCUCUUUGGAGUAGCUCGAGUUGACAGCUUACUGCAAGAGAUGCUACUGGGAGGAGCAGCCAUGGAUGGAGGACAGUAUGGGCAUUUAGGACAUUCCAGCUUGAGCCUAGAAUUAAUUCCAGGACACGCAGUUCAUUCCAGCAACCUUCACUCCGUGAUACACAGUGUAUCGUCCGCAUCUUCAGAAACUCCACUUUCAUCCUCACAAGGCAAUACAAGCAGUGAAGAAUACAAGUUAAAUAAUGCCCAAGGCACCUCAAUUCCCUUAAUGACACGUACAGUUAUUGCUAAAAAGGAGAUUCUAUAAAAUAAAUACAUAAAAAGGCGCAGAUAACCUUUUUCCCCUUUGGUAUUAUGAGUUUAUUAAAGGAACGCUAACAAACCAAUGUGAGAAAUAUAUUAAGUAAAUUGGAAAUGGACUUUCAGUCAAUGAUCAAGUUUUACAGAGUUUCAAGAGAUCAAGUUUCGGCCUACAGGAAAACUUGGAAGAUCUUCAGCUAUUUUCAUUUAAAGAACACAUAUGUAAUGACCUACCAGUCCAAGAACAAAAGUGUUAUACAGAGGAAACUAAAAGCAGAAUUUAAUGAUUUAAUUAUCAGUCUUUUUGUUUUUCAGGCCGUUUUCCGGAAAAAAAAAAUCCAAACAUUAAAUUGUAAAAUAAAGGAACAUGGAAAAUGAACAGACAAAAUAAUGGAUAUAUUUUCUAAAAAUAAAUCUUUUGAAAAAAGUA